AGUGCUCCCAAGGAAAUGAAUAAACAGCCAGCCAACAGCCUGGAGGCAGCAGCGGUGCCGGGGCCGGGCCCUCAUGCACCUAGGACCAGCCCAGAGCAGGACCUGUCGGCCACGGUUCCCGCGGCCGCUACACAGCCGCCACGUGUGCCCAGGUCGGCUUCUAUCGGAGCCCAAACUUUCCAGUCUGCGGAUGUGAAAGCCUGCGAGGCCCAGCAGCCAGGAGUAGGGUUUUGUAAACCCAGCAGCCCCCGGGCACAGGCGACCUCCGCGGCCCUCCAGGAUUUAAGCGAAGGGCACCGCGGCGCACAGGCCAAUCCCUCUUCUGGGGCCGCCGGGGCUGGCAACGCGCUGCAUUGCAAGAUUCCAGCUCUGCGUGGCCCGGAGGAGGACGCGAACGUGAGUGUGGGCAAGGGCACGCUGGAGCACAACAAUACCCCAGCCGUGGGCUGGGUGAACAUGAGCCAGAGCACAGUGGUACUGGGUACCGAUGGCAUCGCGUCGGUGCUCCCGGGCAGCGUGGCCACCACUGCCAUACCGGAGGACGAGCAAGGGGAUGAGAAUAAGGCCCGAGGGAACUGGUCCAGCAAACUGGACUUCAUCCUGUCCAUGGUGGGGUACGCAGUGGGGCUGGGCAAUGUUUGGAGGUUUCCCUACCUGGCCUUCCAGAACGGGGGAGGUGCUUUCCUCAUUCCCUACCUGAUGAUGCUGGCGCUGGCUGGCUUGCCUAUCUUCUUCCUAGAGGUGUCACUCGGCCAGUUUGCCAGCCAAGGUCCUGUGUCUGUGUGGAAGGCCAUCCCAGCUCUGCAGGGCUGUGGCAUCGCGAUGCUCAUCAUCUCUGUCCUCAUAGCCAUUUAUUACAACGUGAUCAUUUGCUACACACUCUUCUACCUGUUUGCCUCUUUUGUAUCCGUGCUGCCCUGGGGCUCCUGCAACAACCCGUGGAACACACCAGAAUGCAAAGAUAAAACCAAACUUUUACUAGAUUCCUGUGUUAUCACCGACCAUCCCAAGAUACAGAUCAAGAACUCUACUUUCUGCAUGACUGCCUAUCCGAACUUGACAAUGGUUAACUUCACCAGCCAGGCCAAUAAGACCUUUGUCAGCGGGAGCGAAGAGUACUUCAAGUACUUUGUACUGAAGAUCUCUGCAGGGAUUGAAUAUCCAGGAGAGAUCCGGUGGCCCUUGGCUUUCUGCCUCUUCCUGGCGUGGGUGAUUGUGUACGCUUCCCUGUCAAAAGGAAUUAAGACAUCAGGAAAAGUGGUGUACUUCACAGCCACGUUCCCGUACGUCGUGCUGGUCAUCCUCCUCAUUCGAGGAGUCACCCUGCCUGGAGCUGGAGCCGGCAUCUGGUACUUCAUCACACCGAAGUGGGAGAAACUCACCGACGCCACGGUAUGGAAGGAUGCUGCCACCCAGAUUUUCUUCUCCCUGUCUGCAGCCUGGGGAGGGCUCAUCACUCUUUCUUCUUACAACAAAUUCCACAACAACUGCUACAGGGAUACAUUGAUCGUAACCUGCACCAACAGUGCCACUAGCAUCUUUGCUGGGUUCGUCAUCUUCUCCGUCAUCGGCUUCAUGGCCAACGAACGCAAAGUCAACAUUGAGAACGUGGCUGACCAAGGUCCAGGCAUUGCAUUUGUGGUUUACCCAGAAGCCUUAACCAGGCUGCCUCUCUCUCCAUUCUGGGCCAUCAUCUUUUUCCUGAUGCUUCUCACUCUUGGACUUGAUACUAUGUUUGCGACCAUUGAGACCAUCGUGACCUCCAUCUCAGAUGAGUUCCCCAAGUACCUGCGCACACACAAGCCUGUGUUCACCCUGGGCUGCUGUAUCUGCUUCUUCAUUAUGGGAUUCCCAAUGAUCACACAGGGUGGAAUCUACAUGUUUCAGCUUGUGGACACUUAUGCUGCCUCCUAUGCCCUUGUCAUCAUCGCCAUAUUUGAACUGGUUGGCAUCUCCUAUGUGUAUGGCUUGCAGAGGUUCUGUGAGGACAUUGAGAUGAUGAUUGGAUUCCAGCCCAACAUUUUCUGGAAAGUCUGCUGGGCGUUUGUCACACCAACCAUUUUAACCUUUAUCCUUUGCUUCAGCUUUUACCAGUGGGAGCCCAUGACCUAUGGCUCUUACCGCUACCCUAACUGGUCCAUGGUGCUUGGAUGGCUGAUGCUUGCCUGCUCUGUUAUCUGGAUCCCGAUUAUGUUUGUGAUAAAAAUGUAUCUGGCUCCUGGCAGAUUUAUCGAGAGGCUGAAGUUGGUGUGCUCGCCGCAGCCAGACUGGGGCCCAUUCUUAGCCCAGCACCGUGGGGAGCGCUACAAGAAUAUGGUUGACCCCCUGGGAACCUCGUCCCUGGGACUCAAGCUGCCAGUGAAGGAUUUGGAACUGGGCCCCCAGUGCUAGUCCAGUAGUGUGGAUGGUCCUGUAUCACUCCUGGUCUUCCUCUC